AUGUCGAUAACCGAUUCGAAUGGGAAUUUCUCGGAGGAGUUUUUGAACCGACUAGAGAAUUUGAAAAAGGACCAGAAAGAGAAUUUGAGGGAAUUGGAAAGGUUGAGAAUCGACGCUUACUUAGAGAAUCGCAACAUGCCUCAUCAGCCGAUAGAAUCUCGGCUAGACCACAACAAGACGAUUCAAGAAAUGUGGAGCGACUUCAACUUGGCAGAGACUCUCGAGCGGUAUCCAUCUUUGCAGCAGAUACCCGUUGACAUCCACGCCAAGUCCGAUUUUGAAUCUGACAAGAAACGGCUUCAUGAAUGGCGACCGCGAGUUACAGUCCCUGAGCCGUUUUCAAUGACUGUUCGCGAAGAAAAACGACCCAAGGGACCAAAACAUACUCGCGCGAGUCUGGAGGUCGGAGAGGCGCAAAGAAAACGAGAAGAGGAAGAGAAAAAUAUUUCCAAAGAGUUUCGUUGUCGCCCAGUGCCUGCCCAUGUCUACUACCCCCUGUACCACGACAUUGUAGAACACAGCGAUACAAGACGAAAGCUGACAUUCGAAAAAAGGAUGAAAGAUUUGCAAGAAAAGUCUACCGCACCUUCCUUUGUCGAUCGAGACCAGGCGAAAAAGCGGGAAAAGGCGAUGGCAUUGAGAGAGAUGAGGGAUGAAGAAGAGGCGUUUUUGAAGACCUUAGCUUCGUCAUUCAAAGCCAAAGAGCCUGCUCCAGAAGUACUGGCGCCAAAGCAAAGCCACGCAGAUUUUGAGGCGGACAGAGAGAAGAGAAUCAGAGCUAGAGCUGAGAAGUUAUUACAAUGCUCAUCUCUUCCACCGAGGAUGAACUCGGCUCCUACUCCAUCAGCACGAGCCUCGAGCUCAAGAGGAUCAGUAAACGAGGACAAAUGGGCGAAAACGCGACGGCAUGACAAACCAGUGCCAGAUUUCAAGGCGUUGCAUCGGAAAAACAUGCGCAAACUAGAACUGGCGAAGAAGAGAGAUGAGGCGGAAAGGGAGAGAACGAGGCCGAAAUCGGCUGCUCCUGAACUUGCUUCAAUGAAACGAGCGGAAAAGAAGGCGCAAGAGAAAGCGCUAGUGGCGGCUGAAGAGCCCGAUUCAAAGGUCUUCAAGGCAACAAAGAUUAAUUUCUCCCCGGAGGCACCGCCCAUCAGAGAGAACGACAGCUUCACGCGCCGCAGAGACUUUGUCAAGCAUACUUUAGACUUGAUGGAAGAAGAGUUAAAAAAGGAAAACGAAAACUUACUCGAAAAACGCCGUGCUCAGCGACUCCGCGCCAAAGCCAUUAGGAAGUCCAUUCCAGGCAAAACAAACACUCGUAGCCAAAAGCAAACGCGUGAAGAGCUGAAGAAGAACGACUUGCAACGAAGAAUUGAGUAUCGAAAGAGUCUCAAUGAAAUUUACGAGCGAGUUGAAGCCCGACCAUGUCUUUUUGAAUAG